UUUUAUGUGCCAGUAUAACAGUACAGGCCACGCUAAAAAGUUUUAACACCAACCAAACCACCAUUGAGUUUGGAGAGCAAUCAAAUUUGACAUACAUCUCUCUGCCGAACAUGGCCGCUACUCUAAACAGCAUUACUGCCCAAAUCCUCUCUCCUCCACCCACCAAACCCAUCACAGAACCAAAGAAACCCAAUUCACCUCUCAUCACUUUCUCUUCCCAACUCUUCACCAAUUCAAACCCAUCACUGAAUUCAACUCUUUCCACCAAAAAGAGACCCAAUUGGGUUGUUUGCUCCGUCACAGAGGACAGGGACGUUGUUACUGUGCAGGACAGCACUUCAAAUGAUCAACAAGAAGAACCCAAUGCUCCAAUUGAGACAGAAUCUGGGGAAGAAAAUCGUGUGCCUUCUGAUGGCUCUGAAGAUUAUGAUAAGUUCGUGGGUAGAGCAAUUAAUGCUUCUAUUGUUCUGGGUUUUGGUACUCUUGCAAUUACCUACUUGCUCACCAUUGAUCAUGAAUACUGGCAUGGAUGGACACUUUAUGAGGUACUGAGGUAUGCACCUGAACACAAUUGGAUUGCCUAUGAAGAAGCUCUUAAAACAAAUCCGGUACUAGCGAAAAUGGUGAUUAGUGGGGUUGUCUACUCUGUUGGAGAUUGGAUUGCACAAUGUUACGAAGGAAAACCGCUUUUUGAAUUUGACCGGAUACGCAUGUUUAGAUCAGGCAUUGUUGGGUUCUUGCUCCAUGGAUCCCUUUCUCAUUAUUACUACCAAUUCUGUGAGGCUCUUUUCCCUUUCGAUGAUUGGUGGGUGGUCCCUGCAAAAGUUGCCUUUGACCAAACUGCGUGGUCGGCAGUAUGGAACAGCAUAUAUUUUGUGGUUUUAGGGUUCUUGCGUUUGGAAUCCCCAGCCAAUAUUUCUAAAGAACUGAAGGCAACAUUUUGGCCUAUGUUGACUGCAGGGUGGAAGCUUUGGCCUUUUGCUCAUUUGAUUACCUAUGGUGUGAUUCCUGUAGAGCAAAGGCUUCUUUGGGUGGAUUGUGUGGAACUCAUAUGGGUUACCAUAUUAUCAACUUAUUCAAAUGAGAAAUCAGAAGCUCGAAUAUCAGAGGCAUCAACAGAAGCAAAUGCCAGUUCAUCAAGCGAUUCUCACGAGGCAUGAUGAAAUUGCUGUGAGGCCUCAAAGGAUUGGGAUAUCGUAGGAUAGCCCUAGGCUCUCUGCUGAUCUUAAUUUUUCAUAGUUUAUGCGCUGCAUCAUGAAACACUAAGGUACUUUUCUUAUGGUUACAUUUUGGCAGGAGUGAUUAAGUAAUUGACUUGAAAGCACCCCUAAGUGAAGUACUUUUCAGUUUUACGAUUCACUAGUAGUUGGAAGAGUGAUUAACCAAAUCAUCAUUUCCAUUAUUGGAAGAUGGAGAUAUGGUGAUAGGAAGAACAUGCUCAUAAUUGGUGAUCUUCCUCCACAGGGAUUUUAUGUGUAGGUUAUGAAACUAUAAAUCACUUUGAAUCAUAAUACCUUUGUAUUUAUUUUUAUAUUUAUGUACUUUUCUUUUGGGGUUGGGGAGAAGAGCAAAUGUGUUGUAGAACAGGCAUGUUAGAAAUAUGGUAGGGUUUCUUUAUUGUUUCCUCGAAUUUAUUGUAUUUUUUAUUUUAAAUUACUCCAACUUUUCGUUAUAUGUUCUUUAUCUGACUACCAUGCAACAUGGAUAUAGUGUGUUAAAAGAUGAUAUAAGUACAUCGUGCUAUUUCAUCCCUUGGCCAAUCA